AAUGGGAAGGAGCCCUGGAGAGGAGCCGCUGUCAAAGUGGAGCCGCCCGACGUCGCCUUUGAGGCCUGCAGGGUGAAGAUGGAAAAGGACGAUGCCCCCGCUGGCUCCCUGUGUGGGCCUGCUCAUGCCAGCACCGAUGACCGCAAGGCGCAGCUGUGUGAGGGGUUUGGGAUCCUCCCCGAAGAUCUGAAGAUCCCAGUUGUGUUUCACCCCUUACCUCCAGGGACCCGCAUACAGAUCCAAGGCCCUCUGCCGACAGAGCUGAUCCAUGUGACUAAAGUGCCGGUGAAACAAGUGCCGCUUAAAAUGCAGUCUUUACUGGAGCCUUCAGUAAAGAUUGAAACUAAAAAUGUUCCCCUCACAGUACUGCCCUCUGAUUCAGGUAUGCCAGAUACUCCAUUUAGCAGGGACAAAAGUGGCCAUGUAAAGCGUCCAAUGAACGCAUUUAUGGUGUGGGCUAGGAUUCAUCGUCCCGCCCUAGCAAAAGCUAACCCAGCUGCCAACAAUGCAGAAAUCAGUGUUCAACUUGGAUUGGAGUGGAGCAAACUGACUGAAGAGCAGAAGCAGCCCUAUUAUGAUGAAGCUCAGAAAAUAAAACAAAGGCACAGAGAGGAAUUUCCUGGUUGGGUUUAUCAACCACGACCAAGCAAAAGGAAGCUGCCUGUCUCCGCUGUGUUUUCCGGCGCUUCUCAGAGUAUCAUCGCUACAAACCCAGCUGGCAUUUGUCCCUUCCAGUCACCUGCUUACUCUGUUGUCAUCCCCAAUGUUAAGAACAGUAUUGGACAUCCAGUCUGUGAGUCUCCUUCUGCCAUCCGUCUGCCGGCUCCUUCCAUUCAACAUGCUGGUCCAAUUACUCUUUUCCAGACUACUAAUGCAAGCACCGCAUCAGUGGCUGUUCCAGCUCCAACCCUGCCCCUGCGCCCUGUGAUUUCACCACAGCACUUUGCUGAAUCUGCUCAGACAGAAGCUCUUGAUGUAUCAUCUGGGCUCAAUUGCUCUCUGAAGAGACCUACACCAGUUUUCAUUGAGAGCUUCAGCAGAAACCCAAGUAACAUAACCACCAGUAAUGGCAGAUUUUCUGUCUCUAAUAGUGAGCCCCCAAAGGAGUACCCAGGGCUUUCUAUUUUUCCCAGAGGUAUAUCUCUUCCCCAAGCUACCCCUUUUCUUCACUCACAUCUCUAUGAGUCUCCUCCCAUUGGUCAGCCAGCCAGUCUGUUUGGAAUACCUCCUCGGUUUUCAUUUCACCACCCUUACUUUGCACCCGGACCUCACUAUUUCCCCUCAAGCACAUGUCCAUUCAGCCGACCUCCAUUUGGCUGUGGGAAUUUCUCCAGAUCAGUGCCUGAAUGCCUUGGCUUUUAUGAAGACAGGUACCAAAGACAGGAGGUGAUGUUUUCAGCUCUGAAUGGAGACUAUCCUUUCAAGGAAUACCCAGAAGAAAGUAUACGUGAGGACCACCGCAGCUGUGAGAGCCUUGAAGUAGUGUCCUGUCACAACAGCUGCAACGAGGAGCGGUAUUUAAGCCCCCUACCACAGCUGGAUGUGGGAGCAUUGGAGGAGGUUUUGUCAGCCACCCCAUCUACUCCCUCCAGCAUCCACCUAGUUAAUGUAACUGACAGUGAUGAGGAAGAAGAAGUAAAGUUGUUGCGAGAAUUGUAA